GGUUCUCAGAUCGGCGGGCAGGGCAGCCAGGUCACCCAGCAGCCCGGCCGAUCUCCCCGGGGGCGUUGGAGCCGCGCUUCCGCUCCGGCCCUCGACACCACCGGCCCCCUCCGCUGGUGACGCCCCCGCAGAGGCUUCGCCGUCGCCGAGGCCUUCUCUCCGCGACCCGUCGCCGCCGGAUUCUACUUUCACUGGGUUCCGCCCGCACACCGCCACCAUUGACGCCAUGUCGAGUUAUUCUAGUGACCGAGACCGCGGCCGGGAUCGAGGGUUUGGUGCACCUCGAUUUGGAGGGAGUAGAACAGGACCCCUCUCUGGAAAGAAGUUUGGAAAUCCUGGGGAGAAACUAGUUAAAAAGAAGUGGAAUCUUGAUGAGCUGCCCAAAUUUGAGAAGAAUUUUUAUCAAGAACACCCUGAUUUGGCAAGGCGCACCUUGGUGCUGGCACCAACUCGAGAACUGGCCCAGCAGGUGCAGCAAGUGGCUGCUGAAUAUUGUAGAGCUUGUCGCUUGAAGUCUACUUGCAUCUACGGUGGUGCUCCCAAAGGACCACAGAUUCGUGAUUUGGAAAGAGGUGUGGAAAUUUGUAUUGCAACACCUGGAAGACUGAUUGACUUUUUAGAGUGUGGGAAAACCAAUCUGAGAAGAACAACUUACCUUGUCCUUGAUGAAGCUGAUAGGAUGCUUGAUAUGGGAUUUGAACCCCAGAUAAGGAAAAUUGUGGAUCAAAUAAGACCUGAUAGGCAAACACUAAUGUGGAGUGCAACUUGGCCAAAAGAAGUAAGACAACUUGCUGAGGAUUUCCUGAAAGACUAUAUUCAUAUCAAUAUUGGUGCGCUGGAACUGAGUGCAAACCAUAACAUUCUUCAGAUUGUGGAUGUAUGUCAUGAUGUCGAAAAGGAUGAAAAGCUUAUUCGUCUGAUGGAAGAAAUCAUGAGUGAGAAGGAGAAUAAAACCAUUGUUUUUGUUGAAACCAAAAGAAGAUGUGAUGAACUUACCAGAAAAAUGAGGAGAGAUGGGUGGCCUGCCAUGGGCAUCCAUGGUGACAAGAGUCAGCAGGAACGUGACUGGGUUCUAAAUGAAUUCAAACAUGGAAAAGCUCCUAUUCUGAUUGCUACCGAUGUGGCCUCCAGAGGGCUAGGUUAGUACAAACUCGAAUUCAUGGCUUGGGGUAGAGGAGGCAUGAAGGAUGAUCGUCGUGACAGAUACUCUGCAGGCAAAAGGGGUGGAUUUAAUACCUUUAGAGACAGGGAAAACUAUGACAGAGGCUACUCUAAUCUGCUUAAGAGAGAUUUUGGGGCUAAAACUCAGAAUGGUGUUUACAGUGCUGCAAAUUACACCAAUGGGAGCUUUGGAAGUAAUUUUGUAUCUGCUGGCAUACAGACCAGUUUUAGGACUGGUAAUCCGACAGGGACUUACCAGAACGGUUAUGAUAGCACUCAGCAAUAUGGAAGUAAUGUUGCAAAUAUGCACAAUGGUAUGAACCAACAGGCAUAUGCAUAUCCUGCUACCGCAGCUGCUGCGCCUAUGAUUGGCUAUCCCAUGCCAACAGGGUAUUCUCAAUAAGACUUUAGAAGUAUAUGUAAAUGUCUGUUUUUCAUAAUUGCUCUUUAUAUUGUGUGUUAUCAGACAAGAUAGUUAUUUAAGAAACAUGGGAAAUGCAGAAAUGACUGCAGUGCAGCAGUAAUUAUGGUGCACUUUUUUCGCUAUUUAAGUUGGAUAUUUCUCUACAUUCCUGAAACAAUUUUUAGGUUUUUUUUGUACUAGAAAAUGCAGGCAGUGUUUUCACAAAAGUAACUGUACAGUGAUUUCAAAUACAAUAAAUGAAGGCAAUGCAUGGCCUUCCAAUAAAAGAUAUUUGAAGACUGAAUUAAGUGAAAUUGUACUUUAUUUUACAUAUAUAAUGUCAUGUACAACUUGGCUUAGAUAGUAUGUUUUUGGGGGGAUUUUUGUUUUGGUGUUUAUUUUUACACAAGUAAAGUUGACUGCUUCCCAUUCCUGGAUUUAGGAGAGGAACUCAGAAGGCCCUUAGGAUGAUCUGUUCGUAUGGGAAGAAGUUCGAGACAAUGGAUUUUAUAAUUCCAGAUUUAUUGCAUAAAAGCUUUGUCAUUUUUCAGUAUCAGGGAAGUAAGUCAUUUAAUAGCCUAUUUUCCUUAAGAGUGAACUACAGGACAGGAACUAUAUAAAUACAUGGUGAUUUCUUUUGCAAAACAGUUUUAAGUGAUGACAUUUUUGCUUUAUCAAAAUUUUAUUCCAUCUCUUGGUUUUGUUGUCAACUGCCGAAAUGUGCAGAGCUGAAAGGCUGUUAGCCCAAGAGCACUGUGUCUUUAGUGCAGGUUACCUUGUAGGUUCCUAGUCCUCGAAGACUUGCCCGAGUGCUUAUAGCCACACCUGGAAGUCAGGAAUGUCUCCACAUUAUUUCAGGGGAUUUUAGGGGUCUUGUAGGCUAGUCACAAGGAAGACAUCAUAACCAAAAGCACAGUAAAUAAAGUUUUCGGGUUAGGUUCAACAUGGGCUUAACAGCUAGAAGGAUUGGGGGGGUGGGGGGGAGCUUUAGAUUUAAGUAGGAUCACCAGCAAACAGCUUUGUUUCAGAAUGGCUAUAAGUAGGUCUAAAUGUCUUCCCAAAAAAUUGGUGUGUUUUUUGCCCAGGACAAAAGUCUUAAAGGAAGUUAUUUAACUUUUUGUUUUUAAAAUGGGCUUAUUGUUAAUGCCUUAUUUAUAAAAUGUUAAAACAAAUUAGAAUGUGCUGGGGGUGGGAGCUGGGUGUGUUUUCCAGGGCUGAUAACAUUGAAAACUGAUUCAUCCUCUAGUCCUGAGUGGUUUUCAAUGGCAUGGCUAGUCAGAUUCAUGAUUUUUAAGUAUAGGUGUAGAUUGGAGCAUUUAUUACAUAUUUUACUGUUCAAUGUCUUAAUGUGGACCUUUUAUUUUGUAAAUAAUUAUGGAAAUGAUUGUGGGGCUUGGAAAAAAUUACCUUUGAAGUUUUAAAAGACAGUCCACUUUUUAGCAUGUGUGUUGUGUCCAGCCUGUGGUUGUCUUAACUAAUAAAUGUGAUUUUUCUCCCCA